GUAAGCCAUAGCGGCUUCAGUGCUUCGGAAAAAAUGCCAGUUUUGAAGUGACUCGCUACUAACGGAGGACGGAGAUUUAAGAAAAAUAUGGGCGACCACAUACAGUAUCGGCAUUAUGAYAACAUGGAUGUACUAUUUUAUGAACAACAGACUCACCAACAAGCACCGAAUGCKUAUCAUAAGUACGAUAAGAACUCCAUGCGUUUAAAUCUUCGUCCAUCUCAUGUUACCGAUCAAGAAAAUCAUCGACCACAGAUUAAUGACAGGAAUUCAAACAUUGGAAUGUUUCAUCAGUCGCCGGACAUAAAUGGCAUGUUUAAGAUAGUUUCYCCUGAGUUAGAACGCUUUAUCGGAAAUAAUACGGGUCUUACGCCGCGAGGCAAUCAACCUGGACCAAUUGCGUCGCCUGAAUUUCCUCUUUUYAGUCUUGUSUCGCCMGAGUUUGAGAAAAUCCUCGCGAGUAUUCAAAAUAAAACGCCAACUCCCACGAGRAUCUUACGCGAAGGAAAUAGUGUAGCAAAGCAACGUGAAGUCUACGUACAAGGCUUUGCSGAAGCGUUACAACACAUCCACGAUCAACAGCARCACACGCAUCAAGAGCACGUCGUCCAAGAACAUACCAAGGUAGAACCAGUACAGGUAAAUCAAUAUGGCUGGCAGACCGAAAGAACUCAYGAUUCUAWCUCUCAYUACGAUUCGAGAGAGAAUUCUAGAGAUAGCGAUAGCGCGAGGUUUGUCACUUCAACAGAACACUGCGAACAAGACGUUAAAAUUAAUCACAUGACCGCGACGUACGAGCAAUCGGUAAGUGAMUUUGACGAGACGUCGAUGCGUAGCCGAGGKCUAAACGUGCUACCUCUACCUCCGAUAAACUUAGAGCUGCAAGAAAUUGUAAAACGAGAGAGAAAAAAGCAAAAAAAUCGUGUCGCUGCCUCGAAAUGUCGAAGRAAGAAACUCGAACGAGAAGCGCAGUUAGAAGUGCGAGUCCAACAGCUGAAAGAAAAAAAUAUYGAGCUCAAUGCCGUAGCAAGUGCACUUAGACAACAAGUCGGAGAAUUGAAGCAGCGUGUAUURGAACACGUAGCAUUUGGAUGCCAAUUACCUACUGUAACAACUGCAGCYUACUAAUAUUUGAUACGAAAAUUGCAUUUUGCUGGAUGGAUWAAGUGCUCAAUAAGCAGUCAAUGAAGAAGGCGCACUCCGCACAGAGAACCAUCUUAAGGAGUAAGAACGUUUACACUYUUCCCGGUGGAUUUAAAUAUCGAAAAACCCUGUAGAGAGCGUUUUGAACGUGUAUGGGACACGCAAAAAUACUCAUUUGUGGGUGUCGCAUCACUAUCUAUUAUCGUCAAACAGCGGUUUAAUGUCUGAUCACCGUAAACAAAUCGCGUCUACUCGUGGAAGAGGCCUCACAACUGAAGAGAGGCACGUUGUAUUUUUAAAACCCGGGGAAAUACACCGCGCAGAGCACUUAGUAUAGGAAGAAAAAAGAAAAUACAUWUUUCAAGUUAUUUGAAAAUUUUAUUGCUCGUUUCAAAGCGCAAAAAGAAUUGACAAUUUUUCGAUUCAGCUUAGAUGGAAAACAACACUUUURACUAAUGUGUAUAUAACGGAAAGUGAUUUUCCAAAACCACAAAAAAAUGAAAAGAAAAGAUUGUCGAAAAUUUGGUUUUAGCGCUAGCCCGGAGAAAAUGGACGACAAUUUACCAAAUAUAAAAAAAAGUAAUAAGGAAAGCAGGUCUUUCCGUUCCACUUCUAUGAAUUCAAGAAAAAAAAUUAUUUUUACAUAUAAAUCAGAGAGCCUAUAUUUUCGUAAAUUUAUAACACACUCGCAAAACAGUUAAUACGUUCAAAAUAUUUAUCUUUCAAACGACAAGAAAGUUCAAUUAAUAUUUCUCAUUGAAAAAAUGCUAUAAAUUAUGACAUGAUCUCAAUGUAAAAUUAUCAAAAUAAAACAUGUAUAUUAUUUCUUUAGUAAAUGUAAAUAGAGAAAAACUAUAUUUCAAAUACGUAUACUCUAUUGAAAUACUAUUAUAAUUUAUGGCAAUAAAAAAGCAUCUGUAUUC